AUGGAAGGAAUACCAAAUCAUUAUAAGAAGUAUUAUGUGUCCCAUAAAAAAAUCAAACGGAUAAUUUUAAAGAUGGAAAAAAAGUAUAAAAAAAAACUCGAAAAAGGACUGAUGCAAAAUGCUGUUAAACAUGCGGACAAGCAAGGAAUUAAAAUGCUGCCACCGUUUUUAUAUAAUGACAUAAUUAGCCACGAAAUAAAAAAAGUAAAUAAAUUUUCUGAAAAUAAAUAUAAUGAAAUCAUUAAAAAUUUAGUUAGUGUAUAUAAAGAGUUGAAAAAAAUGCAAUAUAAUAAUGAUAAUUUUGAAAAAAAAAAAGAUAUCGAAAAAAUAUUAGAUUUAAUAGGAUGUGAUAUAAUACAUUUCGAUUUUUAUAUUCAAAAAAAUUUUAAAAUAAUUAUGAAGUUAGUUUUUUUUUUUGAUAAAGUAAUGAAUAUAUCUAUUAAUCAAUGGGUAUUAUUAAGUUUAAUAAAGGAAAAAUUUUGUAAUAUUAAUAUUGAAAAUUUAAUUGUCUAUUUAUCCUUUUUAUAUUCCUUACUUCGUUUGAUAAAUAAUAACAAGAUCAAUGAUAAUGGGGAAAGUAACAAUGGUGGCCCAUGGGUCCCUCCUGACACUUUUGAAAGGGUUUCUACAAAAUUUUUAGUAAAACUAGAUCAUAUUAUAUAUACAAAAGUAAAAAUAGUAAAGCAUUUGCCAUAUCUAAUAUUCGGAUUGAGUAAUGACGAUAUUGAACAGAAUUUUAUGAGUUUAAUUGAGGAGGAAGAAAAAAAAAAGACACAAAAUGAUGAUCAAAAUAAAGCCCUACUAAAUGAUAAAAAGUUUAAGAAACCUCUAAAAGAGUCUCAACAAAUAACAUCCGUAUAUUUUGAUAAUGAAGAUGCUACAUGUUUUUCAAAACGAAUCCUAAGAUAUGAAAAUGCACAACUUAUUCGAUUUAGAUGGUAUAAUGAUAAUGAACAUGAUCCUAAAAAAACUAUUUUUAUUGAAAGGAAAAUACAUCAUGAAGAAUGGACAGGUGAAAAUUCUACAAAAGAAAGAUUUGAAUUAGAGCAAAAAUAUGUAUUAAAAUAUAUGACUGGGGAAUUAAAAAUAAAAGAUUAUUUUAUAAAAAAAUUAAAUAAUAAAAAAAAAGAACUUUAUAAAAUAGGUCAUCAAAGGAGUAAUACUAAUAGAGAAAGUAAUUAUGUAGAUGAUAAAAAAAUUAAAAACUUAGAAAAAAAAACAACUAAAAAUAUUAGAUUAGCAAAUGAAAUUCAAAAAAUGAUAUUAAAUAAUAAUCUAGAACCAAUAAUAAGAACCUCUUAUCUAAGAUCAGCAUUUCAACAAAGUACUGACAAUACGGUAAGAAUAUCAAUAGAUACAAAUAUUUCAAUGUUAAAUGAAUAUAUUAAAAAAAGAGAAUAUUGGUGUAGAUUAUCUGAAGAAGUAUUAGGGAAAAAUGAAAUAAUUCGUCUUAAUUAUGGAAUUAUAGAAGUAAAAUUAAAAGUUAAUAAAAUGCCUGAAUGGAUUACACAUAUCUUAAAUAGUAAUGAAUCCAUAAAUUUAUAUAAAUAUUCUAAAUAUCAAACAGCUAUGGCUUUAUUACAUUCAGAUAAAAUAAAAUAUAUACCUAUAUGGGUAUAUGAAAAUAUACAUCACCGAUUUAAAUCGAAAAGCAGCUUUAGUGACUUAACUACAAAGAAUUCGCAUGGACACAUUAGUGAUUUUGCCCAUGAUCCCGAUUUUAAAGGAGCAAUAAAAAAUGACAAUAAUACAAAUCAAUACUUGCAUAAAUAUGGAUACCCAUCAAAUGGUUAUGCAACAGAUAUCAAUAUGUCUGCAUAUAAUACAUUAGAAAAAAUGAAUGAAUUAGAAAAAACAUUUUAUUGGAUAAAUAAUAAAUAUAAUAAAAAUUAUAAAGAAAAUGAAAAAAUAAAUUUAUUAAAAAUAGAUCCUAAAAUAAAUUUUGCUGCCGAAAGAACAUUUCUUCAUUAUGCCAUCGUAUCUGUGUACAUAACAUUAUUGGCUUUAUUUUUAGAUAGAUAUAAAAAUAAAAACACUAAUAUAUAUAUUGUCAUAAUUUUACUACUAAUAACUUCAUUCUCUUCACUAAUAUCAUCCUACUUUUUUUUUUUAAAGAGAAACCAUAUUAUUCAAAAGUAA